CGUGACCGGAAAUCUCCUCCACAUCCAUGCUGAUGCUAUCAACACGCCAACACACCUCACCACUUCACCGCUUCACCACUUCACCGCCUCACCACCUCACCGCUUCACCACUUCACCGCUUCACCACUUCACCGCCUCACCUCCUCACCGUGUGAAUCUGUGCUCUGCUCAGCGUUAAACGUUACCGGAGGGCUCCGGGUGGAUAUCAUUAUAAAACACGCCACAAUGCGCCGCCUGAGCUCCGUUCAGCAGAAGAUCUCCUGCGUGUUUCUGACGGAGGUGAAACAGGAACAGUCCAGAAAACGAGACUGUCAGCAAUUCCAGGUUGUUGCCACAGAAAACGUGAACCCCGUUGCUCUGGAGGCCAACGUUGAUUGUGCACUCGCCACAGAAAAACUAGACGGCACCUGCUGUUACGUUACAGUUCAUAAAGGGCGACCUCACCUCUGGGCUCGACUCGACAGGAAACCCAACAAACAGGCGGAGAAGAGGUUCAAAAAGUAUCAGCACACUCACCGGAGCUGUACAGGUUUCACGUGGAUCGUAGAGGAAGAUUUUAAGACCGUGCCGGAGACGUGGAUCGCAGCCCACAGAGUCAAACAUCACAACGGCCAUCCGGUGCCUGAUGAACAUGGACACAUUCCAGGCUGGGUUCCAGUGGAGAAAGACAACAAACAGUACUGCUGGCACUCAUCCGUGGUGGAUUCUGGCAUCGGGGCGGCUCUCGUUCUCAGGCCCAGCGCUGAUGAUGAAUAUGACGUGCUAGAAGUCGCUGCGGUCCCGUUGGCCGACCUCCUAGAACAAACGCUGGAGCUCAUUGGAACCAAUGUCAACGGAAACCCUUAUGGCUUGGGGAGUAAGAAGCAGCCGGUCCACUGCCUGGUGUCACACGGGAGUGUUCGAAUCAGAAACCCUCCACCAGUGGACUUCCAGCAGCUGUGCUCCUGGUUCCAGGAGAGUCCAGAGGGCCGAGUCGAGGGUAUCGUCUGGCACUGCAAUGACGGCACGCUCAUUAAGGUUCAUCGUCAUCACCUGGGACUGAGGUGGCCAGAUGGGGACACCUGCCUCGGGGAGAGGUCAGUGGUCAUUCACGUUGACGGGACGAUUGGUGAAUACAACAAUAGCACGGACUUGUUCGCAUCCUUCUCCCGACUAAAUGGACACUGUUUCAACCGACUGCCGGACAUUCAGUUUGACUUGUAAACGCAGUCGGAGAAACUUUACCUUUUUCUGAAGCUCCUUGCCGUGACCCGAUAAGUAUUUGUCACUUUGACGAUAGCUGCUAGAUAUUUUUUCGCCAAUUAUUCCAGAUGACAUUUGCUUUGCAGAAAUAAUGUACAGCUUUAGUGUAAAAAAUGACUGACCAACUGGGCAGUUCUUAGCAACUUGAAUUGUUCCAGUAAUAUAUUGUAAAUAAUGUAUAUUACAGCUCUUUCAUUGAUGAGUGAAAAAUAAAUGACGAGUAUGUAAACA